CAGCAAAGGGCAAAAGGCAUAAACAAAAGAAGGCAGCUACACAUACACAUCAUCCUGGUUCGAGGGUCAUUUUCAUUGCUGUUCCGUUUUCUCUGUAUCAGAAGAAUUUAUUGGAGUGUUGGCUUGUUGAUGAAUUCUCCUGGUUAGUUUGAAAAGAAAUAUCUGUGUGGUGAUUGAUAAUCCAAAAUGGAGAAGCUAUCAUGGCAAUUCUUGAACAAGUAUUUGAAUCAAAUGUAAUGGUUCGUUUCUGAAAUUUCUGCACUGCCAUAGGUAUGUUAAAAAGGCCGAAACUUUUGAUUCACAUGCGUGAAGAGCUAGUAGGAUCUCUGUAUAAGAACACUACUUUUGCAUUUUGUACUUGUGUGACUGAUGACAAGUGUGGUAAUAAUGCUAAAGACAGGGACGAUGGGUCGGAGUCUGAGAAUGAAUGGGAAAGAUUACUUGAGCCUUUUGACUUCAAACAACUCCAAACAUCACUUAAUAAAAUUACCCCGUAUCAGCUCAAUAAGUUAUUGGCGCUACCUUUGGAUGUACCAACAUCGUUGGAGCUAUUCCACUGGGCCGGUAGCCAGACAAGCUAUUGCCACUCAUUUUAUGUCUACUAUACUUUGAUUGACAAACUUGGCGCUGCCAAGGAAUUUAAGAUUAUAGAUCAAUUAUUAUCACAGAUGAAAGACGAAGGGGUAGUUUUCAAAGAGUCCCUCUUUAUUAUGAUAAUGAGGCAUUACGGAAGAGCUGGUUUACCAGGGCAAGCAACUAGAAUACUAUUGGAUAUGUGGAAUACUUUCUCUUGUGAACCCACAUUUAAGUCAUACAAUCAAGUGUUGGAUAUUCUGUUGGCUGGAAAUUGUCCAAAAGUUGCUCCAAAUGUAUUUUAUGAAAUGUUGGGGAAAGGUAUUUCUCCUUCUGUAUUCACUUUUGCUCGAGUGAUACAAGCAUUUUGUAUAGUCAAUGAGGUAGACUCUGCUUGUUCACUUCUUAGAGACAUGACAAAACAUGGGUGUGUACCAAAUUCGGUAAUUUACCAGAUUCUUAUUCAUGCACUUUCAAAGUCUAAUCGGGUAAAUGAUGCAUUGAAACUUUUGGAGGAGAUGUUUCUUAUGGGUUGCAUACCCGACGUCAAUACUUUCAAUGACAUUAUCCAUGGGCUUUGUCGAGCUGAUAGGAUUCAUGAGGCCGCAAAACUGGUUGAUCGGAUGCUUCUUCGAGGUUUCACCCCCGAUGCUAUAACUUAUGGCUUUCUGAUGCAUGCUUUAUGUCGAACAGGGAGAGUUGAUGAAGCACAGGUUCUGCUCAAUAAAGCACCUGAACAUAAUAAUGUCCUCUUUAAUACGUUGAUCAAUGGCUAUGUGACUAAUGGACGGUUUGAUGAAGCAAAAUCCAUUCUGAAUGAGAACAUGUUGAUUAAAGGUUAUCAACCAGAUGUUUAUACAUACAACAUUUUGAUUCGAGGUCUUUGUAAGAAGGGAAUUUUGUCAUCGGCUCAUGAAGUUGUUAACAAAAUGUCAUCCAAAGGUUGCAAGCCAAAUGCGAUCACGUACACAAACUUGAUUGAUGGCUUCUCCAAGGCUGGCCGUCUACAGGAAGCUUAUGACCUUGUCACUGAGAUGUCAGCAAAAAGUCUCAGCCUAAAUAUAGUGGGUUAUAACUCUCUUAUAUCAGCUUUGAGUAAACAAGGAAUGAUCCAACAGGCGUUAGAAAUUUUUGGCGAUAUGUCGAGCAACGGAUGUAAACCAGACAUUUUUACAUUCAAUGCUUUGAUUUUAGGCUUUUGCAAGGUUGACAAGAUGGAUGAAGCGUUGGGGACAUACCGAGAUAUGUUCCUGGAAGGAGUUAUUGCGAAUACAGUUACAUACAACACGUUGAUUCAUGCUUUCUUGAGGAAAGGUAAAACCCAAGAGGCGCUUAAGCUUGUAAAUGAUAUGUUAUUCAGAGGAUGUCCCCUUGAUGAAAUCACAUACAAUGGCCUCGUAAAAACACUUUGCAACGAUGGAGCAGUUGAGAGAGCAUUAGGACUUUUUGAAGAAAUGAUGAGAAAGGGAACAAAACCUAAUCAUGUAACGUGCAACAUCUUGAUCAACGGCUUUUGUAGAAUAGGUAAGGUUCAAAAUGCCCUUGAGUUUCUCAGAGACCUGGUACAUCGUGGAUUGACUCCUGAUAUAGUCACAUACAACAGUCUAAUAAAUGGCCUUUGUAAGACUGGUCGAAUUCGAGAAGCUCAGAACCUCUUUGAAAAAUUAGAACUUGAAGGAGUUUGUCCUGAUACUAUCACUUAUAACACCUUGAUUUCUUCCUAUUGUAAAAUGCGCAUGCUUGAUGAUGCUUAUACCCUGUUUACUAGAGGCAUAGCUGUUGGUUUCAUUCCCAAUAAUGUCACAUGGUACAUACUAGUCAGAAAUUUUGUUCGAAAGAGUUAUGUUUCAGUAACUACUUUGACAUAGAUUAGUCAGUAUGAGCAAAAAUUGACACUUGGCUUGGCACAUUUGCUGGAGCCUCUUUUGAGUAUGAUUUUAUGUGUU